GAGACGCCUUCACAUAUCCGCCACCGAGAGUCGACAGACACAGGGGCGGUGCACAGAUACAGAAGAGAAUGACUCAGAGGGAAGACGUCCUCAAGUUCGAGCAGGGCCGCAUUAAGGCCCUGCAAGAAGAACGUCUUCAUAUCCAAAAGAAGACGUUCACAAAAUGGAUCAACUCAUUUUUGCUGAAGGCGCGCAUGGAGGUGGAUGAUCUGUUCACCGAUCUGGCAGAUGGCAAGAAACUGCUCAAACUAUUGGAGAUCAUCUCCGGCGAGCGAUUGGCCAAGCCCAACAACGGGCGCAUGCGAGUUCACAAAAUCGAGAAUGUGAACAAGUCUCUGGCGUUCCUUCAUACCAAGGUUCGUCUAGAGAGUAUUGGUGCAGAAGAUAUUGUGGACGGUAAUCCCAGACUGAUUCUCGGUCUCAUCUGGACUAUAAUUCUGAGAUUCCAAAUUCAAGAGAUCGAAAUUGAUGUGGAUGAAGAGAACGACAGCAGCGAGAAGAAAUCUGCCAAAGAUGCUUUGCUACUCUGGUGCCAGAGAAAGACAAAUGGCUAUCCCGGCGUUAACAUCCAGGACUUUACCGGCUCCUGGAGAAGUGGACUUGGUUUCAACGCUCUCAUACACGCUCACAGGCCGGAUUUGGUCAAUUGGUCGGAAUUACAGCAAAAUAAGAACAUCGAUAAUCUCAAUUAUGCUUUCGAUGUUGCUAAUUCAGAACUCGGCAUACCGCGGCUGCUGGACGCGGAAGAUGUGGAUACAGCUAGGCCAGACGAGAAAUCCAUUAUCACCUAUGUUGCGUCUUAUUAUCACACAUUCGCCAGGAUGAAGAAUGAGAUAAAAAGCGGCAAAAGAAUCUCGCAGAUCGUUGGUCAAAUGAUGGAUGCCGACAAGAUGAAAAUCCAUUACGAGAAGUUAACGACUGACUUAUUGGAAUGGAUCAAAAUGAAAAUCGAGGUCCUGGAAAAUCGCAACUUCCCGAAUUCGCUGGAAGGCAUCCAACGAGAACUUUUAUCUUUCAAACAAUAUCGAACAGUGGAGAAACCUCCGAAGUACAAGGAGCGAUCCGAAAUAGAAGCAUUGUAUUUCCACAUAAACACCCGGUUAAAAUCUCUGAAUCAGCCGGCGUUUACCCCACAAGAAGGUCAGCUGAUCCACGAUAUCGAGAGAAAUUGGGUAGAGUUGGAGAGAGCGGAACAUCGACGUGAAGUCGCUCUGAGGACCGAGUUGUUGCGACAAGAGAGACUUGAGCAGUUGAAUUACAAAUUUGAGAGGAAGAGCGUGCUCAGAGAGGGUUAUUUAAAAGAAAUGAUUCAAGUCUUGACGGAUCCUCGAUAUGGCAGCAACUUAGCUCAAGUAGAUGCCACAGUGAAGAAACACGAGGCCAUCAGUGCUGAUAUUUUGGCACGCGAGGAGCGCUUCCACGAUUUGACGAACAUGUCCGAAGAACUGGUACGAGAGAACUAUCACGGUUUAGAAAGAGUCCGCAGCAGAGAACAAGAAGUGCUGCAGAGAUGGAAGGAGCUGCUGGCUUUAUUAGAUCACCAUAAAUCCAAUCUGGUUGCGCUUUGUUCUUUAAUGACCUUGAUGAGGGAGAUCGACACGACGCUCGCUUCCAUCCAGGAGCUCCAAUUGAACUUCCAAAGUACUGACGUGGGUCCGCAUCUACUCGGAGUCGAAGAUCUGCUACAGAAACACAGCUUGCAGGAAUUGCAAGUGACGGCUUUGGGCGAGAGCCAACGACGACUCGGUAGACAGGCUGCUCAACACUUGACACAGCCACAGAACAAGGAGGCGCCAUUGUUGCAGCAAAAGUUGGAAUUGCUCAAUCGCGCUUACGAUGAACUUGUGGAAAAUAGCAAGGAACGUAAAGCUCGGUUGGAGGAUGCUAGGAAUUUCUUUCACUUCCUUCAGGAUCACGAAGACGAGGAGUCAUGGCUAGUGGAGAAGCAGCGAAUAUGCAAAGCUGGUAUUUCCGCGAAGGAUUUGCGAGCCGUGAUAUCGCUGCAACAGAAACAUAAGGCUCUGCAAGAUGAGAUGAAGGUGCGCAGGCCGAAAUCCGAGCAACUUUGCGACGCCGGUAGAAAAUUGAUAGCCGACAAUCAUCCAUCGGCAUUAGAAAUACAGAAUCGAAUAGAUUCACUGCAAGAACACUGGAGAGUUUUGGAAGAAUUAGCGGCAUUACGUAAAAAGCAACUGGAUGACGCGGCCGAAGCAUUCCAAUUUUAUGCCGACGCGAAUGAAGCUGAUUCAUGGAUGAACGAGAAAAUGACUUUGGUAGCCUCUGAGGAUUACGGGGUGGACGAGCCGAGCGCUCAAGCUUUGUUACAAAGGCACAAAGAUUUGGAAGGCGAAUUAAACGCUUAUAAAGGCGAUGUGCAAUCUCUGAACGCACAGGCGGAGAAACUCGUUAAAUCCGGCAUCUCCACUCUAGAGUUGUCAGCCGAUCCUGAACCGGUCGCCGAGCUUGAACAAGAAGAAUGGAGUAAGGAGAUCAGAUUGGUUCCCCAAGACGAAUGGGUGGAUGAGGUGGUCGAACGACUUGAGCCGAGAACUGUUCAUGAAGAUAGACUGGUACCGCAAGUGAAGAGUCUAUAUCCGUUCAACGGUCAGGGUAUGCACAUGGUGAAAGGCGAAGUGAUGUUUCUGUUGAAUAAAACGAAUCCCGAUUGGUGGAGCGUAAGGAAAACUGAUGGUACAGAUGGCUUUGUGCCAGCUAAUUAUGUUCGCGAGAUCGAUCCAAAGGUCGUGCAAGUACAGGUACGCAGACCUGAAAAGGUUAAAGUGACACAGCGGGUGAAAAAGACGAAAAUGGUAAAGCAAGUAGUGCCAGUCCGGCGACUAAAAUCUAUCAAAUCUACUGUGAAGCCGAUCAAGCGAAAAGCAGUGAGCGACGGUGACAGCGUGGAGAAACGACAGAAGAAGAUCAAUGACACUUACAGCGAAUUACAGGAACUUGCUGUGAAGCGGCACGCAUUGCUGGAGGAUGCUAUCAGGCUUUACGGUUUUUAUCGAGAAUGUGAUGACUUCGAAAAGUGGAUCAAAGAUAAAGAGAAAAUGUUAAGGGUAGAUGAUCCUCGCGACAAUGUCGAAACGGCGAGGAGAAAAUAUGAGAAAUUCUUGACGGAUCUGUCAGCUUCUGGGAAACGAGUGGAGGCAAUAGAUGCAGCGGUAGAUGAAUUUGUCCGCCAAGGUCAUAGUCAAUUAGACAAAGUUAAGGCCAGACAAAGACAUAUUCAUCAGCUGUGGGAUCACUUAAACUGGCUAAAAACACAAAAGGAAAAGAGCUUGGAGGGUGCAUCCAGCGUUGAAUUGUUCAACAGAACUUGUGAUGAGGCUCACGAUUGGAUGCUAGAAAAGAUCACCCAGCUAGAUACGGCCGAGUUGGGCCCAGAUUUGAAGACUGUGCAGGCUCUACAAAGAAGACAUCAACAUUUGGAACGAGAAUUGGCACCAGUUGAAGAAAAGGUACGAAAAGUUAAUUUAUUAGGCAAUAGCGUUAAAAAUUCAUACCCCCAUGAAUGUAACAACGUCAAUGUGAGACAAAAUGAGAUUAAGGAUCUGUGGAAUAAAGUUCAAACGAAGGCUAAGGAGCGACGAUCUCGAUUGGAAGAUGCGGUUGGUCAACAGAUAUUUAUGAACAGUUCAAAGAAUCUGAUCAACUGGGCUACGGAUAUACAAGAGAUAAUGAAAGCCGAGGAACCAGUGAGAGAUGUUGCUACAGCUGAACAACUCAAAAAACAGCAUAUGGAACUUGGAGAAGAAAUACGAACCAAAGAAGACGAAUUCCGCGAGGUUGAAGACCUUGGUCGAGAAUUAUUACGUCGUAACCCGACAUUAACAGAUGUACACGAACGUUUAGACAAGCUACAUGGAUUAUAUCCAGCAGUAACAGCCAAUUGGGUGACUAAAGAAGAAUGGUUACGACAGUGUCUGGAAUUGCAACAAUUUAAUCGGGAAGCUGAUCAGAUUGAAGCUACUACUAGUUCUCAUGAAGCUUUUCUUGAGUUCACCGACUUGGGUGAAUCUUUGGAUGACGUUGAAGCUCUGUUGAAACAACACGAAAAAUUCGAAAACACUCUUCAUGCGCAAGAUGACAGACUUAAGGCAUUUAGUGAUACCGCAGACAAGUUAAUCGCUCAAAAUCAUUAUGACAAAGAUUAUAUCAAUGAAAGAAGAAAUCAAGUCUUAGCUCGUCGUAUGGCAGUGAAGGACGCUGCACAACGCCGAAGAGCAGCUUUGAAGGCAUCUGAGCAUUAUCAACAAUUCUCAGCCGAAGUGGAUGACUUGCGCGAUUGGUUGGGCGACAAGAUGAAGACUGCGGCUGACGAGAGUUAUCGCGAUUUGAACAAUCUCGAGCGCAAACUGCAGAAGCAUGAAGCUUUCGAACGAGAACUACGUGCCAAUGAGGGACAAUUGAGAGCAGUCAACAAAGCAGGCAAGGCGCUUAUAUCUGAAGAAAAUUACAGGUCAGAUGACGUGGGAAAAACUUUAAAAGAUCUAAAUGACCAAUGGGACCGACUGGUAGCAUUGUCGCUGGAAAAAGGUCGCAGGUUGCGGCAAGCAGCUUCUCAACACGGAUACAAUCGCACCAUGGAAGAUGCUAGAUUGAAAUUAGAAGAGAUAGAGAGCUGCUUGCAAAGUAAGCAAGUAGGCACAGACCUCCGCAGUUGUAAGGAGUUGUUGAAAAAACAUCAGACCCUCGAGAGCGAUAUGUGUCAAUGGGAGCAGAAAGUGGAUGAUCUUGUAGCCAUGGGUCAGGAAAUGGCCCAUGAGGGUCACUUUGAUGCGGCAAAUAUCUUGAAGACCAGUCAAGCUACUCAGAGGAAAUUCCGCAGCCUGAAGGAGCCAGCUAAGAGACGUCGAGAAGCAUUAGAGGAGAGCCUACGUUUCCAUAAAUUCGGCUUUGAGUUGGAUGCAGAAUUACAGUGGAUCAAUGAUCACUUGCCUCAAGCGUCCUCAACCACACUCGGACAAAAUUUACAUCAGGCCCAGACGUUGCAUAAAAAACAUAAAAAGCUGGAAGCGGAGAUCGCCGGUCAUCAGCCUAUGAUAGACAGGACUCUUGCUUCUGGACAGACGCUUAUUGAUCAGGCUCAUCCGGAGAAAAAAAAGAUUCAAGAACUAUGCGAUGUUCUGGAUGACGCAUGGAGAGAUUUGCAAGAUAAAGCGGGAGAACGCAACAAAGCGUUAGAUUUGUCUCUGAAAGCACAAGAAUUCUUCUUCGAAGCCGGCGAGGUCGAGAGUUGGCUCAAUGAGAAAAACGACGUAUUGAGCUCCACCGAUUAUGGCAGGGAUCGCGACGCCGCCACCAAACUAUUGACAAAACACAAGGCUGUUGAGCUUGAAUUAGAUACAUACAAUGGCAUCGUGACAGAAAUGGGACACACCGCUUCCACAAUGAUCAACUCGAAGCAUCCCGAUAGCAAGGCGAUAGCUAAUAAGCAACAAGCGAUCGUGCAACAAAUGCGCGCUUUACAGCGAUUAGCUACCGUAAGACAGCAGCGUUUAAUGGAAAGUAUGUAUCGCCACGAAUAUUUCCUAGAAAGUAGAGAGUUGGAGCAAUGGAUCAAGGAGCAAGAACAAGCAGCAGCGUCAGAAGAUUAUGGUCAGGAUUAUGAACAUCUGCUAUUACUGCAAACGAAAUUCAAUGAUUUUAAGCAUCGAAUAGAGGCCGGCUCUGAAAGAUUCAAUCAAUGCGAAGAACUAGCCAGAAAAUUAAUUGCGAACGAGAGUCCUUACAUCCAAGAUAUCGAGAAACGUCAGGAACAAUUAGGGGAAUCAUGGCAGCAUCUAUUAGGUCUUAUUCGAAAUCGCGAACAACGAUUACAAGCAGCAGGUGAAAUUCAUCGAUUCCAUCGCGAUGUAGCAGAAGCACUAUCACGAAUACAAGAAAAAGAGGCUGCUUUACCAGAGGAUCUAGGUCGUGACUUGAAUUCCGUUUUGGCUUUAAUUAGACGUCAUGAAGGAUUUGAGAAUGACUUAGUCGCUUUGGAGGCUCAGUUGCAAGUCUUAGUUGAGGAUGCUUCUAGAUUACAAGCUCAUUAUCCAGGCAACAACGCAGUGCAUAUUGAUCAACAGCAACAAAUCGUUGUUGCUCACUGGGAAGAGUUGAAAGAAAGAUCCGCUCAUCGAAGGGAUCAGUUGCAAGCCAGUUGCGAUUUACAACGAUUCCUUACUCAGGUAAGAGAUCUGAUGAACUGGGCAGCUGGACUCCGUGCUACCAUGUCAACAGAGGAGAAAGUUCGAGAUGCAGCCAGUGCACAGAUCUUGAAGGCGGAACACGAAGCUUUAAAAGGGGAAAUCGAAGCGCGAGAAGAUAGUUUCAGCUCAGUGCUCGAUUUAGGCGAAGCCAUGGUGCAAACCGGUCACUACGCCGCUAUGGAAGUUGAGGAAAAGUGUAACCAGCUGCUGGAUGAACGACAGAGACUGCAUACUGCUUGGCAACAAAAGAAAGUGCAUUUGGAUCAACUGAUCGACUUGCAUUUCUUCUUACGAGAUGCCAAACAGCUUGACACUUUAUCCAGCACUCAGGAGGCCGCACUGAGUGGUGAUAAUUUCGGUAUCUCGGUCGAGGAGGUAGAUGCACAGAUGAAAAAACACAACGAAUUUGAAAAGUUAUUGGUUACGCAUGAAGAAAAAUUGACGGCACUUCAAGAGCAUGGAAGCAAACUUUUAGCCCAGAACCAUUUUGAUUUGCCAACGAUUGCCCGUCGAUUGAAUGAGGUUGUUCAGAGACGCGCAAGAAUCCGUGAUCUAUGCGAUGCCCGAAGAAGAAGACUGGAGGCCAGUUUGCUGCAUGCACAAUUCGUUAGAGACGUGGGUGAGGCUGAAUCUUGGAUAGGCGAGAAGCAAAAGAAGUUGGAAGCGGAAGCAACGAAAGGUGAAGUAUCUAGCUUGGAGGACAAAAUCAAAAAAUUACAAAAACAUCAAGCGUUCCAAGCGGAACUGGCGGCAAAUCAGAGCAGAAUCGAAGAAAUUAAAGCAAAGGGAGAGACAUUAUUAGCACGAAAACAUCCGGCGAGUGCGGAAAUUCGUCAGCAAUUGGAACAUCUACACGCUUCUUGGCGAAAUUUAUUGUUAGAAUCUGGAAAUCGGGGCAGAGGUUUAGAAGAAGCUCAAGAUAUCUUGGAAUUUAACAAUCAGGUGGAAAAAAUCGAGGCGUGGAUCAGAGAUAAGGAAAUGAUGGUGCAGGCUGGCGAUACAGGAAAGGAUUAUGAGCAUUGUUUAAGCCUCCAGAGAAAACUGGAUGAUGUAGAUAGCGAUAUGCGAGUUGACGAUUCCAGGAUAAAAUCAAUUAAUGCUUUGGCGGAUAAACUUAUAAAACAAGGUCGUGAUAAUGAAUCAAAAGCAAUUCAGCAACGACGCGAUAACUUUAACAAUAAGUGGAAAGGCUUGCAAGGUGCAUUAAGUACGUAUCGCGAAACAUUAGCGGGUGCACUAGAAAUUCAUUUAUUUAAUCGAGAUAUAGAUGAUACAAACCAAAGAGUUAUUGAGAAAUCAGUAGCCAUGAAUACAAGCGACACAGGAAAAGAUUUACCCGCUGUCGAACAAUUACAAAGAAAGCAAGAGGCUAUGGAGCGAGACAUGACAGCAAUAGAAGGCAAGCUAAAGGAGCAUAAGGCAGAAGCGCGAAACUUAUCACACAAAUAUCCGGAUAAAGCGUUUGAAAUAAAUGGGAUAUUAUCUGAGCUUCAAUCUAAUUGGGACGAUUUGCAACGCGUGACUAGGCAUCGGCGUGAAGCUUUAAAUCAAGCCUACACAUUGCACAAAUUCCAAGCAGAUCUACAUGAAUUGGACAUCUGGGUGGCAGAUACUAUCAAACGCAUGGAUGAAUCUGAACCGCCGACUACCAUAUCCGAAGCUGAAGCUGUACUAGAAUUACAUCAAGAGAGGAAAGCAGAGAUCGAUGGUAGACAAGAUACGUUUAAAGGCUUAAAGGAACACGGUCAAAAACUUGUAUCAAUCAAUGAAGAUGUCAAAGAUAAUCUUGAACACUUGGAAGAACUUAGACAAACCUUGGGAAAUGCCUGGGACAAUCGCAGACAGAAAUUAACGCAAGCGCAUCAAUUGCAAUUAUUCAAAGAGCAAGCCGAUCAGGCUGAUAGCUGGCUAGCAACGAAAGAAGCGUUUCUCAAUAACGAUGAUCUUGGUGAAUCAUUAUCUGGCGUUGAAACACUGCUGCGUAAACACGAGGAAUUCGAGAAAAUGUUGGCGUCUCAAUUGGGUCGUAUUGAGGAACUCGAGAAGUUUGCCAAUGAGAUCCUAUCACAUGAACACGCAGACGCUGGUAUAAUAAAGCAACGACUCACUUUAGUUUGUGCCAGGAGGGAUAAAUUGCGGAACAGCGCGACAGCCAGAAGGAAGAAACUUUUGGAGAGUCAUCAUUUGCACCAGUUUCUUAGAAACAUAUAUGAAGUGGAAAGCUGGUUGCAUCAGAAGCAGCAGGUGGCAAGCGACGAGAAUUAUAGAGAUUCUUCAAAUUUACAAAGCAAGAUACAAAAACACGCCGCAUUUGAAAGCGAAUUGAUGGCCAACAAAGGACGAGUUGCGGCAGUGAUCAACGAAGGCGAAGCGCUUAUCGAAGAAAACCACUAUGCCUCAAAGGAUAUACAGGAACGUUUAGACGAAUUGGAGGCAGAAUGGCGUCUUUUGCAAGAAACUAGCGAGCUAAAGAAGAACCGGCUGAACGACGCAUAUCAAGCCUUGCUGUUCGGCCGUAGUUUGGACGAAUUUGAAACGUGGAUGGACGAAGUGGAAACCCAAUUGCAAUCGGAAGAUCACGGCAAAGAUCUCUCGAGCGUAGCAAAUUUAUUAAAAAGGCACACCAACUUAGAAAACGAUGUACUUGGUCACAACGAGGCAUGCGAGUCUAUUAAAGACACUGCUGCUAGCUUUCAGAAGUCAAACCAUUUCAUGAGCGAUGAGAUUCAAGAGAGAGCAUUGGUUACGAUAAAUAGAUAUCACAGCCUCCAGGAGCCAAUACAGAUACGCAGGGAUAACUUGGAAGAUGCAAAAUUGCUACAUCAGUUCGCGAGAGACGUUGAAGAUGAGUUGCAUUGGUUAUCGGAGAAGGAACCAUUAGCUGCGAGCAAUGAUCUAGGAAGCUCCCUGACUACUGUACAACGAUUGCAAAAGAAACACCAAGCUUUAGAAGCAGAACUACUGUCCAGAGAACCUGUAGUAGCUUCAUUAGUUAGUAGAGCAACUGUGAUGAUUAGAAGUGGACACUUUGCAGCAGAUAAAAUUGAAGAAUUGACCAAAAAAUUGCAAGAGGAAUUAUCGCAUCUUAGAGAUCUUGCAAGUGUUAGGAAAUUAAGAUUGCUCGAUGCUGUAGAAUCGCAAAUGUUUUAUGCCGAAGCUGCGGAAGCUGAACAGUGGAUUAGAGAAAAGCAUCCACAACUUACUUCAUCUGAUCAUGGCAAGGAUGAAGAUUCUGUGCAAUCUCUGCUGAAGAAGUUAGAAAGUAUCGAACGCGAUUUAUCCGGUUUCGAAAACACAAUUGAUAACUUGAAAAAACUUUCAUGUGGCUUAGUUGAGCGGCAUCACUUUGAUAGCAAGAACAUCGCGCAAAAACAGACGGAUAUUGAGUUUAAAUUCAAAGAACUGCAGAGAUUGAAAGAAUAUAGAUUGCAGAGAUUAUCGGAGAGCGAAAAGUUUUAUAAAUUUAUUAGACAAGCAGAUGAAGUGAUCGAAUGGAUUGGAGACCAAACAACGGUUGCCGCAUCAGAGGAUUAUGGUCGUGACGUAGAACAUGUGGAAUUGUUGAUUCAAAUAUUCGACAAUUUCCUAGCCGGUUUAACAACCAGCGAAGGUCGGGUAUCUGCUGUACUUGACGAGGGACAGAGGCUGAUUGAGCAGAAUAAUCCUGAGAAAAGCAAAAUACUCCAGAAAAUUGACGAAACAAAACAACAGUGGGAGGAUCUGAAGGAAUUAGCACAUGCUCGACAAGACGCAUUGGCAGGGGCUAAGCAGGUUCACAUGUUUGACAGGACGGCCGACGAGACUAUCUCUUGGAUACAGGAGAAAGAAGCAGCUCUUAGUUCGGAUGGUUAUGGUCAAGAUUUGGAAACAAUUCAAGCACUGGUAAGAAAACAUCAGGGAUUCGAGACUGACCUUGCGGCUGUAAAGGAACAAGUGGAAAGCCUGAUGGAAGAAGCAACCAGAUUGAUCGAGCUGUUCCCAGACGCGCGUGUACAUAUCGACGUGAAACAUCAGGAAGCGGAAGCGGCCUGGGCCGAGCUGCUGGAGAAAGCGGCACAGAGGCGAAGCAAACUGGCUCAAGCGGAACAGUUACAGGCCUAUUUAGGCGAGUAUAGAGAACUGAUAUCUUGGAUAAAUGAAAUGGUGGCCAAAGUGACUGCGCCGGAAUUGGCUCGGGACGUUCCUGGUGCCGAGGCGCUGAUUUCCAGGCAUAACGAGUAUAAAUCGGAGAUCGACACGCGCGAAGAGGCCUUUGAGAAGUUCUACCGAACUGGGCAGAAACUAAUCGAGCAGGGACAUUUCCUAGCGAAAGAGGUCGAGGAUAAGAUAUCGGUGUUGCAACAACGCCAGCAAAUCUUAAAGGACACAUGGCAACAGAGAAGACGUAUUUACGAACAGAAUUUGGAUACACAGUUGUUCAAGAGAGAUGCUGAAACUCUGGAGAAUUGGAUAGUCAAUAGGGAGCCGAUGUUGCACGAUGAAAAAUUGGGUGACAGCAUUUCUCAAGUAGAAGAGUUGAUAAGGAAACACGAGGACUUUGAGAAGACUAUACAGGCACAGGAGGAAAGAUUCAGCGCGCUUAAACGAAUAACAAUGUUGGAGGAAGCCUUCCAAAAGCAACAGGAAGCGGAAAUGGUUGCACGCCAAGCAGAGAAAGAACGGGUGGAACGUGCGAGGAUUGAGGAACGGAAGCGCAAAGAGGUGCAAAGGAUAACUGAGGAACGAAAACGUGAAGAAGAACGUAGACGAUUAUUAGACAACUCUCAUCGUACGCAACACGAUGAACUUAACGGCUCGGUCGACGAACAUGAAUCCGCGAAUAUGUUGUCUCCGCUGAAAGGUGCUACCGCUUCCGAAACAGCAGAACCUAGCGCACCACAAAAACCAUACGGUUUAUCGCAUAUGUUUAGUGAAAAAUUAAGACGAGCAACUUCGGAUAUUAAAAGAGCCGAAAGCAUGAAAGUGGAUACGAAGAAACCAAAACGAACCCCGAGCUUUACGACUAGACGAAGAACACAAAGCUUCCGAAAACUGCAACGAAUGGAGAAUAUGGAUGCGUUACGACCAGUCGAGAUUCAAGGUCUUCUCGAACGAAAGCAUGAGCUUCAAAGCGCCGGCAAAAAAGCAGCUGUCCGAUCAUGGAAGCAAUAUUACACAGUAUUGUGCGGUCAACUGCUGUGCUUCUUUAAAGACACGGACGAUUUCUCGCUAAGUAAAGCGGCUACUGCUCCGAUAACUAUUUUCAAUGCCAUAUGCGAGAAAGCGGAUGAUUACACGAAAAAGAAAAACGUAUUCCGGUUGAAAUGCACGGACGGUUCAGAAUUUUUGUUUUUGGCACCAAGUCAGGAGGAGAUGGAAGAUUGGGUGAACAAAAUCUCAUUUCAUGCGAAAUUGCCACCAAGUUUGCAACUCUUAAGCUAUGACGAGUCUCAAAAGAUGCAGCAAGAAGGCUUAGAGAGGUUGCAGAGUUCAGGACUCGAACAUGCAGAUGACAACCCAUCGACUGGAAGUAGUCGCGCUUCUACACCGGAAAUGGAACGCAAGAACUCUGUGAUCAGACGUGACCCGAUCUCGCAAAAUCAACACUCACCUAGCUCGGUGCAAAUAGAAUUUCUACAGAUGCAUCGGCACAAUCAACAACGGCGGAAUGACGCACAGAACACUGAGGCAUUCCUAGCGUCGCAGAGACCCGAACCGCCGCAGACACAGACAGAGUUUUUGCAAAUGCACAGACAGCAACAGCUGCUUGCACAGCAACAACAGCAACACCUAAUACAGCAAGAACAACUGGCAGCUCAGCGCGAUCAGUAUCAACAGAAUUCCGCGAUGUUGGGAACCGACAAGCCACCCAUACCACCCUUACCGCCGCGAGGCGCUCCUCCAGCUAUUCCUAUGCGAACAUCCAGUUCGGAAAAUAUGGUGCAAUAUAGGCGCAAUGAUAUGGAACAUCAUUUGCCACCAAACAGACCCAAUGUCUACCAGCAGCGAAGCGCAACAUUAAAUCACAAUGGGUCCGGUCAGUAUUCGUCGAAUGAGCCACCAGUAUGGCAUCGACAAAGCAGCGUGGAUCUCCCUUCACAACAUCAAGAAUUAGCCCCUCCAUUGCCAUCGAGUGCUCCUCCGCCGAUCAGAAUGGCUCAGUGGAACAUUUCUCAUAAUUCUGCAUACGGGAAUGUACCAAAUAUUAGACAAGGUGUACAGCAACAAAACAAUACUUUUACUGGCAGACCGACAUCAUUACCUCCUUAUGUUGCUCCACCAGCAGCUCCGCAAACAUCUUCUCCGAAUAUUGCAAUGAUGGACAACAGAAGAGCGUCAGAGAGCGGAUCAGAAAGCGAACAAAGUUCAAGUAGCAACCGGAAAGAUCGUGAUUACAAACGUAGUUCUGUAUUGAGCAAUCUAUUUGGAAGACGCAGAAAGCCCUUUCAGUCGUAACGCAAAUUCAAGAAGCUUUCAUAAAGUGCACUUGUAAUUACUUGUUAUUAUAUCCGUUUCAUAAAAAUUAUUGAAACGUAAUACAAGAAAUUAUUCUUUCUCAUAGAACGCACGAUAAAGUUCCUUGAGUACAUCAUUGGAGAUUUAAAUUUAAAUACUAUGGCAUUUUUGCUAAACAGUACAUAGUAAUUUAUUUUUCUUUUUUUGAGGGAAAGAUUUUUUUUCAGUAAUUAAUUUUUCAUUACAACUUGUGCAAUAAUACUAAUAUGCAUAUUGUACUUGUUACCUCAAACAUAAAUCACUACAUAGGAAAUUUUCGGACGUUCACGAUCGAGAUCGAUCGUUUUUAAUCAAAAUAUUUUCUUAUUUAUAAAUAAGUAAAAGAAUCAAGAGUCAUAUCAAAAAUUAAAAAUAUAAGUGCGCGUGUAAUCAUUGAAAUCCAUAUUCCCAAUUUCAUCAAAAACGAUUUUCAUCAUUCAGAAAUGUGUUUUUUGAAAAUACGAAAUUACUUUAUUAUUCAAACCCUUAGAUAAAAAAUGUCGAGUUAUUAAAUUCCUAAUAUUGAAUGAAU